ACGUUUUCCCCUAACUGAAUUAGACCAAAAUGGCGACGCUGGUGGAAGGCAGAGAGUACGGUCUCGCUUCGAAUGGAUCAACCAGCGGAAACAAAACUUUUAUUCAUUUGAAAUUAACCGAUUCAGCAUUGAGAGCCCUUGAAGAAUUCUCCAAAAGCAGGGAUGGCUGCAGCAGGAAACCAACCAUCCAGUUCACUGGCAGCACAGGGGUUAUGCGCAUUCCUGGCCAAACGUCCUCUCAUGACCCAAAAGCUGAGCGGCAGUUCCAGCUGUCUCUCACCAAAAUCCUGGGGGAUGACAAUGGAAGCUUUGACUGCAUCAGACAAACCGCCACAAGACCCAGUGGCAGCAGCUUACAGUGCCAGGGAACAAUGCAGUACAAGAUCGUCACGCAUGCUAACAAUGAUGUGUACACAGACACGCGCAAAAAAAUCACCCUGGCAGACUCUGAGCUCAAGAAGUCUUGUGCAAAGGAAAUCAAAAUGGGUGGGCGCUUUGGCAGCAAGAAGAUCAAGAAGGUUGUUUCCAGUAGUGCCUACAAAUCCUCAAACCCAGUCAAAGCUCCUAGCAUAGCCCCACGCAUCACUCCACCUACAGCUUCGUCAAGUUCUCCAGUGUCAAGUUCUGCUGUCAGCAGUCGUCUAACCCCACCUUUUGGUGGCAACAAUCACUCACCUCAUCGACCUAACACCCUUGCAUUGAAUGGCAACCGACCUGCCAGCAAGCCCUUUAUGUCUGUUAAUAAUGGUGCCAGCAAGCCUAGUUCUCACAGUAGUAAACAGACUUCUGGUGUGCUUAGCAUGCCAUACAGGGAUCGUAUUAUCCACAUUCUCGCUCUUCGGCCUUACAAGAAACCAGAACUGUUGGCAAGACUCAUGAAGGAUGGAAUUCGUGAGAAAGAUAAAAACUCUUUAGGUCCCAUCCUGCAGCAGGUUGGCAGCAUGAACAAAGACAACUCUUACAGCCUUGCUCGUCAUGCUUGGCAGGAUGUUCGUGUUGACUGGGCUCAUUACACUGAGGAAGAACGUGAGCUGGUCAAGAAGAAUUUGCACCGGCAUGAGUCACGGAUGUCCAUAUCACCGUCCAUUUCUCCUGCUGCCAGGACACCAGACAGUCCCUCACCUCCCCAGAAGCGACCUUUGGAGGAGGUUCCAGAUAUCCCUGUCAAAAAAGUACGAAUAUCUCAUGAACAUCAGAACAGUCACGUAAAUGGCAAAGUCUCCAAUGGAAUGAAUGGUGUGGUGGAGGCGUCUGCUGUGAAUGCAUUAUUCAACAUGACCCAUAAAACUAAUGUGCUUACUGGAGAGAGCAAAAGCAGAAAUGGUGUAAGUGCUUCCUCACCAGUGCCAGAGUCACCCAGUUCUAAUCGAGAAAACCAAGAAAAAGGGUUGGAUCCCAAUGAUACAUCUUCAUCACCAGACUAUGUCACGCAGUACCCUAGCAUAGAAGAUGGAGAUCAACGCAUGCGCUACAAGCAGGAUUUCAAUGAACACUAUGAGGAGUACCGGCGGCUGCAUGAAAAAGUGCAGAACGUUGCUCGUCGCUUUCAGUAUCUUCGGGAACGUAUCAGCAACACGAAAGAGGGCACACAAGAUUAUGAGGUACUGAAGAAAAAAGUACUUCAGGAAUAUCAACAGCAGAAAAAUGAUACCAAGUUCCAAGAGCACAAACGUCGGGUGGACUACUUACAUGCGAAACUGGGCCAUAUCAAGCGCCUCAUUAAUGAGUUUGACCAACGCUUUCAGGUGUCCACGCGCAGCUAGCCAGAGCUUCCACUGGCCGCUUCUUGCCCCAUCUCCCCAAAAGAUCCCCUUACCACACUACUUCCCCACUCUUACCGGCCCUAGCAGGCACCUGCAUCUUCCCUCCAGGUGCUGUGUUCCCAUGGGUCCAGAAAAUGGCCAGUGUUCCCAUUUGUUUCUGCAAAAAACCACUUGUCAGUAGACAUUUGCUGAAGCCUUCAUAUUUGAUUCUACCCAGUCCACAUUUGACUGCAUCAAGCGCUUGAGAGAAUCUUGCCACAAGAUGUUCCUGCUCAUGACGUCAAAAUUUCCAGGUUAGCUGCCAUGACAGACAAGAAAGCUUUCAUGCACAGUGCAUGUUUGUGCAUUACCUGCAGGCUGAUGCUCCCUGCCUGUCCGAACUGUUGUCUGUGUUGUGAAAAGAGUAGUGUAUCAUGAGCCAUCGCCGUGGGAGAGGUUGGAUGUACUUUGGAUGGUCUGCACCUUAAAGUUGAUGUAAUGUGUGUGACCACAAGAGGGGACCCUGGACAUAGCACAAGCUAUGCUCAAGAAGUUAUGUUUUUCAAUGUCAUUUCUUCACAAGGUGAGACAGGACUUGAUGACUGCAUUGUCUUUCUUUCCAAGCAUUGGACUUGCUGGUAAGGACUAGCCACUCAGUUACAAAUUAAUAUGACAGCACCACCAGCAAGCUCAAUCUUAAUGGAGUUUAAAGAGUGCACGUUUUCAUGUGGAAAAUGGAAAUGGCAACUUGGAUUUUGUAAACAUGCUUCACAAAAGCUGCUCAUAGAUGUGAUUUCCACAGCUGUCCACCCUUACCUAAUAAGUGAGCUUCUGCUGCCUGCUUUAAAAAGCCGGAGUGAUGACCCAGCUGCAAGUGGCAGGUUGGUGGCGCCCAAGGUUGAAUUGUCAAAUAUGACUUACUGAUAACAGCAUGUGAAUGGGAGGAGAGAGAAUGAAGUUGUGAAACAUUGCCUAAACUGUGAUCUAAAUUGUGACGGCAUGAUGACAUGCCACAGCUGUAUGUGUGCAUCAUUGGAUGUGUGUAAGUGCGUACAAAACAUACCUUGUACAGGAGAACAGUGUGAUCAGUGGUGUGAUCUUGGGCUUAGAACUGCAGUUGUGCAAAUCAAGAUUUAAGCUGGCUAGGUUAUUUUUUGGGUUUUUUUCCCCUUGUUCCAUCGCUUAAGUUAAUGCUGUGAUUUACUUCUCUAUCUUUUGAACCUAAUUUCCCUCCCUCCCUUAUUGUAAUCCAUUAGCCAUUCCUUGCUGCCAUCAUAACUGAAGCAGUUAGGAUUUGUGUGUAUAUAUUUGAUACUUGUUCCUAAAUUUUCUGCUGAGAAACGUUCUAAAACAUUAUAAAUAAAUUCUGCGAAGGCUAAUUUUUAAUUGCACUGAGAAUUAAGCUACUCCAUGCAAUUCAGAUAAUUGUUAAUAAAGAACUCCAACCCCCUAUAUCAGUGGCUGAAAGAAAAUGUGAUGGGUCAUUAUGAAAAGAAGCAGAAUUGGUGAGGAAAAAAUCAACUAAAAAUGAAAACAAAACAAAAAAACAAGAAGCAUUUUACUCCCAGGUCUGUCAAUUUCCUGUGAACCAUAGUAGUCAAAAUAUUAUAUGCUAGCUUUUAAUUCGUGCGUGAUUUGAGGGUAUUCUUGUUAAACUUCUUGAUGUUUUUGUACAGUAGCUGAUUUUUCUGAAUGUUAACACAGGUAAAAGUGUUAGCUUUGACCUAUAUCACAUCUUGUAUUGGAAUUCACAGUGUAAAUGAUUUGAUUAAAAAGAAAUGCCAAGAAGGGUCUUCCUUAUGUUACCUCUGCUGUCCAGACUUGAUGGCUUCAUCAAGCUGCAGUGUUUGCUUCAUUUUACUUCUAGUCAGAAGGGUGCCCUGGUUAAAGGGGCCACAGUAACACUGUUACUGUACAAGUAAUACAGUAUAUAAAACAGUACAAAAUGAGAUUUCAUAGAGUUAAUGGGGCAUUGAAUUUUGAAACAAAAGUAGACAUGGAAAAAAUGGAUGCAAUGAAAUAAGUGGAUAUAAGAUGUGUCUGCAUAUGCAUGUAAUCAUGUAGCACCCAGAACGUCUUCCAUUCUACCCAUCUGCUGGCUCUCACAGCACAGAUUUUGUUUGCCUUUGACUCUGUAUACAUGGCAUGGUGUGUGGAAAAGAUUGCAAGAAUAGUACAAGGCACAGGAAACCCUGUACCCUUGAAGUAUCAAAAACUCUGUCUACCUGAUAUGCUUUAACUACUGUGUUGAAUAGAAACAGCAUUUUUUGUAUUGUGGAUAUUCUAGGAUGUAAAAGUGCAGUGCAUGACGUGUCACAAUUAAAAAGUCUUAAGUAUACAGUAAAUACCUGCAGCUGUGAGUUUUGUGUACAUGCAUGGCUGAGUAAUGGAGAGAGAAUUAUUGGUGUACUUGCAGUUGAUGAGUAAUUUGAAGGAAAACUGACAUCUUCUGGAUGGUAUUCUUCAUUCUAUUGCAACUAACUGCUGAUGAAUAUCAAACUGUGCUGGGUGUGAAUUGCAUUUUUCCUUAUACUGUAUGCUUUGUGUAAGUUUGGAUUUGCAUCUUUGCAUCAGGCUUGAGUUGUUGAAAUUACAAAAGGGUUGAAAGAUGGUCACCAAGAUAAUUCAAAAAGCAGCGGUUUCUCAUCCAUGAUGCAUUUAAAUCUUGCAAGAAUUCAUAAGUAGCAAAUGGAAUUUCUUGUGCACAAAGGAGAGAAAGGAUCCUUGUUUUUAUUUUUUGAAGAAUAAUGAAAAAUAUACUAAUAAUCUGCCUCUGUGUAUGUGUCUGGGUACAUGCUUGCAUCACUUAAAUUGCAGGGUUGUAAUAAAGGGUUGUUGAAAGGACAAAUUUACUUAGCACCAGUUUUCUGUUUUGGCAGGUAGUUAAUGAACACUGUUGGGGUUUUAGCAGCUUAUUCUCAUGGCUAGAAGCAUGUUUGUGGCAAUGAAUUUUGUAAAUGAAAUGCAACCAAUUAUAGAGGUGUGUGUAUGAAAAUGUUUCCAUUUUUCAAUGAUGUUUUGAUAAGGUGUCCACAGCAACUAAGAAAAUAUUUCAUCUUUUAUCUAAUUUUGAAAUCCACAUUGUAUUUGCUUCACCAUCACAGGCCGGACUGAUAGCACUGCAUUUGUUGGUUCAUGUAACAGAUGAAUUAUUGGGGUUGAUGGCAGAAAGGUGUCUGCAUUUGUAAUCACAUGUUAACAGGGCAGAAAGGCUGUUCCUGAGACUCCAGUGUUUGUGUUCACCCAGCACUGAGAGAUCAGUGCUGAGAAGUAUGGGAAAUUUAGCUUGAAGGUCUUGAUGCAAUGCCAGUAUCCCUUUAGAAAUCCUGGCAGACAUGUUGGAUAAUUUCUUUUCAAACGAAUGUGAUGUGUCUGUGACCUUACUUUUUACAAUGUCAGAUAAGUGGUCAUAUCAGUGCAGUAGCUAGCUAGUCUUGUUAGAAAUCGCCUAAUUGCAGCUGCAUAGAAAUUUGUCAAUUUCAGACAUCUGCAUUUACACCACACCAAUUAUCCAUAGAUAUACUUGUAUGUAUUUCUACAUGGCAGUCUCUAGACAGGAGAAUUGCACAAACAUAUCAGUUUUUUCCUGUCUUCAUGGGAGUGCAUUGUGAAAACAUUUUCAGGAAGUAUAAGCUCUUGCUUUGAGCUGGGAUGGUUGUGUGGUUGUAUGCAGCCACUCGGCCACUACUGCUAGCUAACCAACCAUUUUUUGAAGUGGGUCACAAAAGUGCUGCCAACAAAUAAGAAGUGCUUCAAAAUAUUUUAUCUUUCUCUUUCACAUUUUUAAUGACCUUAACAAGUGAGAAUGUACCUAAAAACAUAAGUAAAAAAGAUGUGGAUGGUUUGUGGAAUUGUAGGCAUAGUAGUAGUAUAAUUUCAGUACAACAGACCAGUGGGAAUAUGAAAAGGAAAAUGUGCUUUAAAAAGGAUGAUACUGCAAAAAAAAAAAUUCCAGUGAAUAGUUCCCCUCCCCCCCAAUAUUUCUCUGUGAAUUUUGUUAAGUGUUAAUGACUUGCAUGUAACUGCAGAUGGAAAGAAAUGUCAAAUUUAAACCAUUCUUUACCAGCUUUGGAAAUGUUUGACUGCUGAUAAUGAAUGCUGUUCUGUCGUAUCGCUCAACUUGAUUCUUGCUGUUAAUGAGUGCUCUGCAGCCAUUACUGCCUGAUUUAUUUUGUGUCAUGUUUGGAUUUUGGUGGUCAAGUAUGCAGACUUUACCAUGUUUUAUAUUUGUACUUAUGUUUGAAUCUUAGGUAACAAGAUCUGUAUAUUUGCUUGAGAUUUAAACUUACAAUGUGUAUAUCAGCAUAGUGUGGACAGCAUCUCAUGGAAAGGGUGCUAAUGAAUGAAAAUGGACAAGCAGUCCUGGAUGCUGAAACUCAGCUUUGAAUGGCAAGCAUGGCUACAGUAGUGACUUUCACUUCCUUUCCUUGUAAUAUUUUGAGGGGAAAAUGUGUGAUGUCAUUUUCAGAUGUAACAGGCUGUGAAUAACAUACCUUCGGCACAACAUAGACGAAACUGUUCUCCUAGCUGUACAAGAACAUAUUCCUGUGAGAAAGUCAAAAUGUAGCAGAAAAUUGAAAAGUGCUAAGAUGAAGGUGAUAACAAAGUGCCUUGUUUGAUAGUAGAAAGAAGACCAUGGUGAAAAUUAGAAGGGGAGGGGAUUGUUUUGAGGGCUUUUAGAUCUGGUUGUUUAGAAGCCAUCAACCCUUGAAAAACAUUAGCAGCAAACAGUAAUUACAUUGUUGAUAUUUGACAACCUCAAAGAUAAAGUGGUCACAUCUUAAUGGGAAAAUGGAAUGAUUAGAAGAGAAUUUUGUCAUUGAUUAAAUCAACAGUGGUGUUGGUCAGCCCUGCCAUGUGUAAAAUUUUACUUAAAAGUUUACUUCGAUGUGGCAGGUAGGGGAUUUUUAAUGGUGUCUGGAAGCAGAAUGUUACAGUAGCUAGUGCAGAUAUGUGAGUGUGAGUAAAUGAGAGACUUAUUUAUGAUUCCUUCCUCCCCUCCACCCAACCCAACACUUCCUGUUUAAAGUCCCUGAUUAUUCAUUUCUUGUCUGUUGCCAAAGCAAGAUCACUGGUAAUACAAACCAGAAUGAAAUGGUAAAGAUUAGCCUUUGGUGCCUUUAAAAGCUGUGAUUGUCCAGAAGGCGUGAUGGUCAGUGAAAAGUCAUUUUCUGCACAUCCCUGAUGUGGGCUUUUGAGAAGUGUCUCCGAACAGAUAUUCCUUACUUUGAAAGCCAUUUUGCUGUCAGGUGUUAAAGAUAAUAAUGUAAAUAAAUUGAGGCCCUGAAGCAAUUGUACGUACAUCAUGCAAAAAUGAUCAUGACCCAUCCCUUGUUGGGAUAGAAUGUAGGGAUGUGUUGGUGUAAAGGGUAGUGCUGACAAUGUCAUAGCUAUUCAGUAGAUAGCUUACCUUGCUGCACUGGAGUAUGGCUGUGGGCUAGUCUGUUAUAUAUAAAAAUACGAUCUCUUGUUUCAAGGAGUUUGUGUCAUGGCCUUGUGUUGCCAAGUUGUAUUAUGAGAAGAAACAUUAAGUGAUGUAAAGUAUGUAUUUAUAAUUAUUUUCAUGUUAAUUUUGGUGAGUGUGGAAUUUAAGAAAAAAUUAUGCACGUGUGUGAUUUGAAUGAACUGUUGAUGCCCCAAAGAGACUUUAAGGCAAAAACAAAAAAAAAGAAAAAAAAAAGAGAAAAAUGUAUUAAAAGUGAACACAAAAAAGAAACAUGAGAAUCCAGUAAGAAUGUGAGAGUAUUAUAAGAGUGUGCACAUGUAAAUGAAUUAAAGAGAUUAAGUAUGGAAAGGCCAUGGUAUUUUUCUGUAUUUACCAUGGCUCAAACAUUCAACACAACUGACUGCUCAUGGAUGAUAGCAAUUCAAAAGAGAAAGCAACCUAGUGUGUGUCUUCAUAGAGACAGUACACUUUUUUUUUUUUUUUUUGCCAGGUGCUUGCUCUGCUCCUUGAAUCACGGACAAAGAUUUACGCUUAGCCAAAUAACAGCUCAAGAACAUGGAGAUAACCAAAUCUGGUGUGAUCCAGACAUGGUCCUCUAACUGGGCUGUCUCUUUGCUUGUGCCAUUUCUGGACAAGCAGCCAUUAGUGCUGCUGCCUAGGAUUCGCACACUAUUAACAUAUUUGCUGGGUGAGAGGGGAUGUACCCCCCGUUUUUUUUUAAAUUGACUGUGCUCCACAAAGCAAUGUGAGCAGUGAAAGGUUUUUGUUGAUUUAGCCAUAUUGGUGCAACAGAAGUAAUGGGCUAUGUACUGAUGGGAGAGACACUUUUCAUAGACUGACUUACCUGUCAUUGUAUUCACAAUUGUUUUCAUGUCAUGGACUGUUGUUCAUUUUCAACACCAUACCUGUGAAGUAUUUACCUAAAGAUCUUUCAUGACCAGAGCAGCAGAAUGGGAGUGUCUCACACCUGUACAUUGUUCAGAUACAAAGGCUAGGGUGAGAGAGCCUGUUUUUGAUAAUUGUACAAAGUGCUCUUAGGAAAGAAUAGCAACAUUGUGAAAAUGCCCAAUGAAAAGGUUGUUAGAAAGGGCACAUCAGUGUAAAACUACUUCAAAAUGAUACUUGCACCUUUCACUAACUGCUCUAGUACUUUCUGAGUAAACAUCAGAUUGCAAUGUGUUUGGCUGAUUGGAUGCAUGGUUGGUGCAAGUUGUAUUCCAGGCCGACAUUCUGAAAAGUAGCUGUACUGAAAUAUCAUUUGUGAUUGCCAUGUGGCAAAUCAUGUACUAAUAACUCAUAAUCAAGGAGCCAGGACUGGUGAGAAUUGUACAAGGUGCUAUGUGGGUGUUCAUUUCACUAUCCAACGAUGUAUAACAGUGUUGAUUGUACAGACAGCUUCUUUGUGCCGACUCUGGACAUUGCAUGUUUUCUCAGAAUCAACACUGUGCAUGUCGCUAUGGCAGCCAUGUUUUGAACUUUAUAGCAACCACACAGUGCUGCACAGCAUUUUGAGGAGGAGUUUGUGUGUUGACUUCUUCCCCUCUACCACAGCAAAUAAAGCAUUGCAAAAGUU